CUCAAACACACACACACAUAUAUAUAUAGGCUAUAUAUAACUUUCAGCAAUGGCUUUGCCCGAGAUCCUUACGUUAGUGUUGUUUUCCGUGCUGGCCGUUAUUCAGCCCCUGCCAACAUUAGCAUGGGACGCAGACUUGGAGCUUUUCGACCUAGUGGAGGAAAUCCCACAAACCUUCUAUGAGUUCCUGUCGGUUAAUCAGGAUGCAUCCUCAUCUGAGAUCAGGAAAGCAUAUAGAAAGCUCUCUCUUACUUUACACCCCGAUAAAAACAAAGAUGAAAAUGCAGAAAACCAAUUUCGACAGUUAGUUGGCAUCUACGAAGUCCUCAAGGAUGAGGAAAGAAGACAAAGAUAUGAUGACAUCCUGGUUAAUGGGCUGCCAGACUGGAGGCAGCCUGUCUUCUACUAUCGACGCGUUAGGAAGUUGAGUAAUGGAGAGUUGGGCUUCCUCCUCUUCCUCAUUCUGACAGUGGGUCACUACGCAGUUAUAUGGUCCAUCUACCUUGAGAAGCAGUUGGAUGAACUUCUGAGCAGGAAGAAGAGAGAGAAGAAAAAGAAGCAAAGCAGUAAGAUGACAGAUGAGAUUAAGUCCUUGGCACAGGACAAAAAUGAGAGGUGCUCUGCAGAAGAAAAACGGCCCAAGGUGAAGAAACCUAAAGUGGAGUUUCCAGUCUAUGAACCCAGUACAAAUGCAGCUUUUGUGCCAGUGUAUGAUCAGGGAACGUCUAUUGAAGAUAUUGAGGAUCAAAUGGAUUACUGGUUAGAAGACAAAAAACAGCAGAAGACGAAAACUCAAGAGUGGACGGAGGAGGAUCUCAGCCAGCUUUCCCGCUGCAUGGCCAAGUUUCCUGGUGGAACGCCGGGGCGGUGGGAGAAGAUUGCUCACGAAUUAGGCAGAUCAGUGACUGAGGUGACAACAAAGGUAAAGCAAGUCAAAGACUGUGUCACCAAUACAUCAGGGUUGGUGAAGCUUUCUGAGCUGAAGGGUGGUGCAGUGAUGGGAAAGAGUUCCAGAGACGUCACAGUGCCAGACAGUCUGAUGACCCAGCGAGAGGAGCACUUAGAGCAGCAGCUAGAGGAUUCAGCAGAGCCUGCUGGGGCAGAGGACUCUGAGAGCAAAGCGCUCAGAAGACGGACAAAAAAUUCUGCGGCCGGGAGCGCUGGAACCGGAGAAGCGGAGGAGAGGCUGAAAGGACGCAGACAAAGAGACUUCGACCCCACAGCUGUAGAUGACGACAGUGAAGAUGAGAAGAAACCAUCAGCCUCCAAAGAAAAACCCAGUGCUGCUGAAGAUGUCUGGACACAGAACCAGCAGAAGCUCUUGGAGCUGGCCUUACAGCAAUUCCCACGUGGCACCACUGAACGCUGGGACAAGAUUGCUAAGGUGGUACCUGGAAAAACCAAGGAGGAGUGCAUGUCCCGUUAUAAACUGCUGGCGGAGCUGAUUCAGAAACGGAAGCAGGCCAAGAGCUGACUCCUGGUCUUCAGUAUUUCACCGUACCUCUCACCUGCUUGUUAUGUGCCUUAAUGCAACCCUACGUCCUUUUGUCAGACUUUGUGCCACGUUCACCAGAGCCUGAAUCGUCAGCGUUUAAUCAUUGGAGAGAUCCCAACCGCACAUUUAAAUAUGGUUUUAUUUAUUUUAAAAUCUGUUUCAGAUUGUAGACUUGAUUUUGAUUUUUUUGUUUCUCUAUGCAACCAGACAGUCUGAGAAAUGCAGAAG